GUGAUGUAGAAGCAUUACAGAAAUCUUACCAAGAGGUUAGGUUUCAAGUAGAAGAUUAAGAGGCAAAGGAGGAUAAGAUGAACGACAAAGAAGCAGAAAUCUUGUCCUUGCGCAAUGCUUUGUCGACUAAAGAAAAAGAGGCGGAAGAAGCUUUCAUGUCAGCAUCGCAGGUGAAAUCCCUCUAUGAUAAAGUAAAUGACCUUGAAGUCCCUUUUGCCGAGUUCAAAGUAGGAGAUACUGAUUUCCAUAAUUCAGACCAUGCAAAGAAGCUCUUCUACAUAAUUGAUGUUGUUACUCCAAUGAUGCAUCACAUGAACUCCUUAUCUCAUGAGAAGGAAGAAUUGCAGGCAACCCUUGUGAAACAGGUUCAGGAAAUUGAACAUCUGAAGGAGAAAGUUGAACAACAGAAUUUAGACAAGCAAGACUAUGAGAAUAUGAAGAAUGAAUUAUUUGAGCUAGAGUUCACUUUGGAAAGUAUUAUUCAGAAGUUAGGAGGUAAUGAUUUAGUUGAAGACCCAAAAACUAUUGGUGUUAAAGAAUUCAUACCAGUUUUAGAAAAGCUGGUUAUGGCUGUGAUUUUAGAAUCUGAAAAUUCAAAAUCCAAAGCCCAGGAACUCAGUGCCAAGUUGCUUGGAAGCCAAAAGGUUGUGGAUGAAUUGUCAAAUAAGGUUAAAUUUCUUGAAGAUUCUAAACAAGGUAGGUCUGUUUCACCUGAGGUUGCCCGAGAAACUGGCAUCUUUGAAGCAUCUUCUUUGCCUACUCGGUCAGAGAUAACUGAAAUUGAAGAUGCGGGACCCAUUGCAAAGAAAGCAGUUGCUCCGGCUGCUUUCGCCGCCCAUGCGCGAACUCUGCGUGAGGGAUCAAAUGAUAACCUUGCAAUCGACAUCGAUUCAGAAUCUGACCGUUUGAUUAAAAACGAGGAAACUGAUUAAGAUAAAGGUCAUAUAUUCAAGCCCUUGAAUACAUAGGUCUCGUUCCACUACAAGGGAAGAUGAUUGCAGACCGGAUUGAUGGACUUUGGGUAUCUGGUGGUCGAGCUUUGAUGAGUCGUCCGAGAGCAAGGCUUGGACUUAUGGCCUAUUGGUUGCUCUUGCAUAUAUGGCUACUAGCCACCCUAUAGCAGAGCUUGUGAUCCAUUUCCCCUACAUUGCACCAACUCCAUUUCUUUUUUCCACAAGCAAUUGUAUCAUAGACAAACUGCAUUUUAUCCAUUUUUCCUUUUCAUUUUUGUGACUUGUACGAUAGUUUAUAUUCAUAUCAUUUCCAUACUUUGGUUCUCUGCAAUCGGAUUUUAGGGGUUCAGAGGACCCAGGCCUCCAUGCUUAUGGAGAGUAUUUGAUGCCUGUUUUUCUUUUGGUUUCUAUGUAGAACAGGAAUUUGUGAUUAAGUAAUGUACAAAUAUAUCUGUAUC